UUAAUCGGUCAGUUUAUUCGAGUCGUUGUCACGAACUGGUCGAGCAAAAUUUACGAAAUAUUUUCGCAAGUGUUUUUUUUUGUAUUUUACUUUGUUAUUUGUAUUCCAUUAGUUGUGCACAGCACGCAAAAUCUCUGGCUUCAUUUGCGAGGUUUAAAAGAUAAAUUCAACCGAAAAUGAUCGAAGCCGGUGUUUUGCUGCCUUCGUGCGCGUUCGACAGCGUCAAGCGGCGGCCAGUUAGUCGCGUUGCAGCAUUGUGCAGUUUGCUAUUGGUGGUGUCAUUGACAAGAGACUGUUUUGCAGCAACGACUACAGGACGGGAUAGUGUUAUACCGACAGCCAGAGGAAAUACACAAGGAAACAAAAAUACAAGACCAACAGUCAUGCAUCCUGCAUUUCAAAAUGCUGGCAGAGCAGCAGGACUAGAAAUUUGGCGUGUUGAGAAUUUUGAACCAGUCGCUGUUCCAGCUAGAGACCAUGGAAAAUUCUUUACUGGCGACUCGUAUAUUAUUUUAAAUACCAAAGAAGACAACAAGAAGCGCUUGUCAUGGGAUGUGCAUUUUUGGCUGGGCUUGGAAACGUCGCAAGACGAAGCUGGUGCAGCUGCGAUUCUAACCGUACAGUUGGAUGAUUUGCUUGGAGGUGCUCCCGUUCAAUAUCGUGAAGUUCAAGAACAUGAAUCGGCCAAAUUUUUGGGAUACUUUAAAAAUAGUAUUCGAUAUGUUGCUGGUGGUGUUGCAAGUGGUUUCCAUCAUGUCACUACAAACGAUGAUAGCCAAAAACGUUUGUUCCAAGUCAAAGGAAAGCGUAAUGUGCGCGUACGAGAAGUUGGUCUCUCCGUUUCAAACAUGAACAAAGGCGAUUGUUUCAUUUUGGAAAGUGGUCGAGAUAUUUACGUUUACCAGGGACCAAGUUCAAAACGCGUCGAACAAUUGAAGGCAGUUAGUGCGGCAAAUCAAAUUAGAGAUCAAGAUCACAAUGGUCGUGCUUCUGUGCAUAUUUUGGAUCAAUUCAGUAGCGCUGACGAUAAGGAAGAGUUUUUCCAGAUAUUGGGAAGCGGGUCACCAGAUAAAGUUCCAGAAGAAUCAACAUCCGAAGAUGAUGCUGCAUUCGAAACAAAAGAUGCUGCCGCUGUCACCUUAUACAAGGUAACCGAUUCGGCUGGCACAUUGAAAGUGGAAACAAUUUCAACAAAACCAAUUCGUCAAGAGAUGCUCAAGAGCGAGGAUUGUUUCAUUCUGGAUACUGGUAGUGCACUUUUUGUUUGGGUUGGUCGUGGUGCCACUCAACAAGAAAAAUCCCAAUCAAUUGUACGCGCUCAAAACUUUAUUCAAUCGAAAAAGUAUCCAUCAUGGACACCAGUGCAUCGUAUUGUCGAAAACGCUGAGACAGCACCAUUCAAGCAGUAUUUUGCAACAUGGCGUGAUGCUGGCAUGCAACAUAGACGUUUGAUUCGUGCUGCCAAAGAUAUCGACAACGAUUCGGGCAUGGAAGAUGAAAUCGAUCCAAAUGAGAUUCGCGCAUUGAAAAAGAGCGGUGGUCGUGCUAUUGGUUUUAUGCCUGACAGUGGUGAGGGUAGCAUUGAAAUUUGGCGCAUCGAUAAUAAUACACCAGUUGCUAUUGAGCCAUCUGGCAUUCUAUUCGGAUCGAAAGCAUAUGUUCUGAAAUAUCACUAUAAAAAUGCUAGUGAAGAAGGUUUUGUCAUCUACUAUUGGCAAGGUAAAAAUGCAUCGAAUAAGGAUAAGGCAACAUCGGCAAUGUACACAUCACAAUUGGAUCGUGAACUGAAUGAUGUAGCGUUGCAAGUGCGCGUUGUGCAAGGCUAUGAGCCACGACAUUUCUUAAAAAUUUUCAAAGGCAAAUUGAUAACAUACAUAAACGAUGAUGCUGCUGAUAAAACCCAUUUGUUCCGUGUUCGCGGUACCAGUAUCGAUGAUGUGCGAGCCGAUGAACGUGACCCAAUUGCUGCAUCAUUACAAUCGGACGAUGUGUUCAUUUUACGAACACCAUCAAAUGCAUUCAUUUGGAAUGGACUCGGCGCUUCGAAAUUCGAAAAAGAAAUGGCUUCUGUUGUCGUUAAUGCUGUUUCUGCAAAUCGCAUUGACGCACAAAUAAUCAAUGAAAAUCAUGAGCCAGAUGAAUUUUGGACGGCACUCAAUGGCAAAAGUGAUUACGAUACCGAACUUGAUCCACCGGGAGCACCAUUUUUGGAACCACGUUUAUUCCAUUGCAAAUUAUUGUCGAAUGGUAAAUUGCGCGUCGAAGAAAUUGACGAUUAUCAACAAGACGAUUUGGAUGAAGAUGAUGUUAUGAUUUUGGAUGGCGGUGAUGAGGUUUAUGUGUGGGAAGGAAAUGAUUCAAGCGAAGAAGAACGACGCAAAUCAAUUGAAGUGGCUCAUCAAUAUAUUCACAACGACCCAUCGGAACGUUUGGAGGAAAAUGUUGUCAUUGUUAAAAUUCGUCAGGGCAAUGAGCCAAGAAGCUUUAAACGUUUGUUUCCCACAUGGAACAAGAACAUGUGGAAGUCUCGCCCAUCAUACGAACAAUACAAAAGAGAAACAUUGCAGAAGAACACACUAAAAUGAAACACAAAAAAUGUGUGUAUGUGAAACUCAAGACGAUUGAUUGGAAUUUAAUAGCACAUUAUCAAAUAUGCAUCGAUAUUUAUUGAUUUUCUUCAAAAAAAAAUGAAAAAUAAUUACCAACAACAGCAAAAUGUUACCAAAUUGAGCGCACAUUGAAAUAAAAACUUUUGAUAAA